GCAGGGUCAUGUAGGGAUCCCACCCCUUCUCUGUGUUUUCACUCUGCAGCUCUACACAACUUUACACCUGAAUGAACGCCAAACCUCUGUGGAUAUAUAAAGGGAACCUUGAGGAAGAAUUUCACAGUUACAGUGCAGAAGCAGAGGGAAAGGAAUUAACCAGCUCUCCAGCCAAGCAAAUCCUCUAUUCACCAUGCUUCCUCCUGCCAUUCAUUUCUAUCUCAUUCCCCUUGCAUGCAUUCUAAUGAAAAGCUGUUUGGCUUUUAAAAAUGAUGCCACAGAAAUCCUUUAUUCACAUGUGGUUAAACCUGUUCCAGCACACCCCAGCAGCAACAGCACGAUGAAUCAAGCCAGAAAUGGAGGCAGGCAUUUCAGUAACACUGGACUGGAUCGGAACACUCGGGUUCAAGUGGGUUGUCGGGAACUGCGUUCCACCAAAUACAUCUCAGAUGGCCAAUGCACCAGCAUCAGCCCCCUGAAGGAGCUGGUGUGUGCUGGUGAGUGCUUGCCCCUGCCGGUGCUCCCCAACUGGAUCGGAGGAGGCUAUGGAACAAAGUACUGGAGCAGGAGGAGCUCCCAGGAGUGGAGGUGUGUCAAUGACAAAACUCGGACCCAGAGAAUCCAGCUGCAGUGUCAAGAUGGAAGCACGCGCACCUACAAGAUCACGGUGGUCACUGCCUGCAAGUGCAAGAGGUACACUCGGCAGCACAAUGAGUCCAGUCACAACUUUGAGAGCAUGUCGCCUGCCAAGCCAGCCCAGCAUCACAGAGAACGGAAAAGAGCCAGCAAAUCCAGCAAGCACAGCAUGAGUUAGAACUCAGACUCUCAGAACUGGACUCACUAGUAACCAUCUGCUUUACAGAUUUGAUUGCUUGGAGGACUUAAGCCUGCCAUUGCUAUUUUCUCACUUGAAAAUAUAUGCUUUCUGCUUUGAUCAAACCCAGCAAGCUGUACUAAGUAUCAGGACCUUCUUGGAAAUAGUUUUCCUUUUCAAUUUUUUCAAGAUGUAUACAUAUCCAUGAGUGCAAUUUGCAUUUAAAUUCCAUGAAUCCUGUAGCUUUAUUUCCCUGUGGCUCUUAAAAGAUUGGUGAUACUAUAUACAUCACUAAAUCAUGUUUCAAAAGAGAAAAAGGCUUCUCGGUUACCUGCCACUCCCCAGCCCACCCCCCAAACAAAACUUUUUCAAAAAGAAUUUUUUUUUUAAGUUGUUGCCUUGAACAGUAAACACUUCAGUAAACACUUGUGAGGGUGGGAGGGUGGAAAUCUUCAUGGGGACAGUUUAUCAGUCAUAAGUAGUCUCCCUUUGAAAGAAUGAAAGACCUCAUGACAUUUAACUUCAAAAAAAGUCCUGUAGUUUUUUUUACAGUCUCACCACAUGAAAUUAUACCCUGCAUGCUGACCCUCGCUUGGAAUGGAAUGCCAGAAAUGCAUGGCAGCAGCUAAUAAGUAAAGCUGAUUAACUAUUUAUUUGUCAAUGUUAUUAUUUAAUGAGCUUUCACAUGUGAUUUUUUUCAAAAUGUUAAUUUUUUAUGUUUUGAAGCUUUUUCAUGUAUCUAAAUAUUUUCCCUUGUGAAUUGUGGUUGAUCUAGAAAUAUGAGAAUACUUGUAGAUAUGUAAAAUAAAUAUUUUAGUCUCCUUAUUACAUAUAUGUUUCACCAUGAACUUUGCCAAUAGUCUGGAUCUUUUUAAAUCAAUGAGAUGCUUUGUAAAGCUGAAGUAUGUAAUACUUUCUUGUUAAAUCUGUGCAAUCAGAAGGUGACUUGACCUUCAGUUCCAUUGGUUUCUUUUAACAAAAAUAAACACUGCAAAAAGU